AUGGCGCCACCUCGACCAAGCAUUAAUCUGCAACCCAAACUACGUGUGAUUGCAUGCGGAACCCUGUUUUACACCCACACCCUCAGCAUCCCAACUCAUCCAAAUCCAACCACUAUGCCUGCUGUUCGGGCGCAUUCGGUUACCAAGACGCGGGGUGGCUCAGCAAGCACCCUUCUUUCUCUUCUGGGCCAGUUUUCCAACAUAGAGACAUUCCUCGUCGCGUCUCUCGCCGGCAAUGAUGAAGGAAGGGCUAUCAUCAGAGAACUAGAGCGAGAAGGAGUAUCAACCCGGUACUGUAAAGUCUGGAAAGCUGCCGGAGUUCCUAGCGCAUGGGUAUUCGAAGCAGGUACGGUCUCUCGACCUCAAAUACCGACCCUGAUAACCCUCCAAGCUGACCAGUCGCGAACAAUUGUCAAUCACAAUCCUCUCCCAGAUAUCACCCACGAAGAAUUCGUCAGCUCAUUGGGUCCAUUACUUGCGCCAGAAAACUUUCCUUCUCCCAUCCAAUCCCCUGUAACCCCUUUGGCCCCGACUGCUGUUCGGUCAAGGCAACCGUCCACCAAUCCAAACACUCCAGCCCCGUUCGACUGGCUGCACUUUGAGGGACGGACGGUGAAGACAACUCUGAGCAAUAUCACUGGGCUCGACGGUCUUGCCCGUGACCGAAAGUGGCGGAGCCAUUGUGUGUUUAGUGUCGAUGUUGGUCGAAGUAAAGGCCGUCAAGGCGUAGAAGCGCUCAUCCCACAUGCUGACGUCAUCUUCUUGAACAAGCAUUAUGCGCAAGCUACUUCGCCAACAUUUGCGACCAGUCCACGCGCAUUUUUGCUAUCGCUGACCACGAUUGCUCCUGCCCAUGCUCUGCUGGUGGCCUACUGGGGUUCUGAUGGAGCAGCUGUCCUGUCGUUGCCAACUAAAGAAUACUUUCAAAGUUCAGGAUGGGUGGAAGAACGGCGCCCGCCCAUUCACCGAGCUGCAAGACAAACCGGAGCAGACACUGAAUCAGAUGCGGGUGACCACUUGUCCGUCCGCAGUGGGAGCGACUUUUGGGCCGGAAGGCAUAGUGGAUAUGCGUCCUCGAGUGCGUUCACUGCCAGCCAGUACCACUACAACAACUCGGAAGGUGGCGACAGUCGUGACCCGACAUCGUCACCAUUUUCCUCACAAAACGCGGAAACCAGCGGUGGACAUGGCAGAACUGGGAGUUCUGAGGAUGACCGUGAUUCACAAGGGACGGAAAUUCCCGAGGAGGAGAGCAAUACUGGGGUAAUCGACGAAGUUGGAGCGCAGGAUGCGUUUGUGGCUGGGAUGGUUUAUGCGCUCAGUCGUCGCAUUCUGCCUGGGGCGCCAUAUACCCCCUCUGCAACAGCAGAAGACGCAUCAGCGGCUCUGGAAGCGGACAAGGGUCGAUGGCGAUUAGACGAGUGCUUGAGAUUUGCCAUCGAAUUGUCGGGGCGAAAAGCGCGACGAAUCAACUGGGAAGGGCUUGGUGCAGAAAUGGGCCGUGCAGGCUGGUUUGACCAAUGA